UCAGCCACCAUUCCGAAAUGUGGGGGAUGCCAUGAGCUGAUCCUCGAUAGAUUCAUCUUGAAAGUAGCCGACAGAACGUGGCAUGCCAAGUGUCUUCAAUGUAGUGACUGUCGAGUGCAACUGACGGAUAAGUGCUUUGCGCGAAAUGGCCAACUCUUCUGCAAAGACGACUUCUUCAAUGGGUGCAGAAGGUUCGGCACCAAAUGCGCCGGCUGCGAUCUGGGCAUCCCGCCCACGCAGGUGGUGAGGAGGGCGCAGGACAACGUCUACCACCUGCAAUGCUUCGCCUGCGUCAUGUGCGCCAGGCAGCUCAACACCGGGGACGAGUUCUAUCUCAUGGAGGACAGGAAGCUGGUGUGCAAGCCCGAUUACGAGGUGGCCAAGAGCAAAGCUGCUGAAUGCUUGGACGGUGAUCAACCAAACAAGAGGCCUAGGACUACAAUAACCGCAAAACAAUUAGAAACCUUGAAAACCGCCUACAACAAUAGUCCAAAACCAGCCAGGCAUGUCAGGGAGCAACUUAGUCAAGACACAGGAUUAGAUAUGAGGGUGGUGCAAGUUUGGUUCCAAAAUAGGAGAGCAAAAGAAAAGAGACUUAAGAAAGAUGCAGGUAGGACUAGGUGGAGUCAAUACUUCAGAUCUAUGAAGGGUGGAUCUUCGCCUAGGCACGACAAACUAUUAGAUAAAGACGAGAUGAAGGUAGACCUAGACAGCUUUAGUCAUCAUGAUCUCAGUGAUGAUAGUUACGGAACAGUAGUUAAUAUGGGAAUGGACCAAGAUGUAUCAUCACCGCACAAUGGCAUAGGAAGACCUUCGUUCCUCCACGGGACGACAUCUCCAUCUUACCUACCUGGACACACGCCACCCCAUGGUCAUGACCAUUUUCCGCCUUACUCCGAUCAAUUGUCAGUGUACGCUAGUUUAGGUCAAGGUGGUCCAGGUAUGUCGUUGGUUCACAACCUCCCUCCAGGUGCAGACACUGACAUCAGCAACGACAGUAGCCCCAGGGGGUACCCAGACUUUCCUCCCAGUCCCGACUCCUGGCUUGGUGAACCGUCCAGUGCACACUACUGA